AUGAGAUCAUUCACAGCACUAUUCCUUCUUCCAUUGGCAUCUGCCUUUGCUCCCACCACCACUCAAUUGAAUACUCAUGCCAUUCAAAGUUCCUUCUUACAAAUGGCUAAAUUUGAAAUUGAAGUCGACAUGCCUCCUUCUGACUCCAAUAUGAGGGCUUCCCUCAAAUUUGAUCCGAUUUUGGACGUUCCAUCGGAGAUUGUAGAAGUCAGAUAUCAAGUUCCUUUUGGCCUCAACGUCGAACCCCAAAAGAAUUUGGCCGUCUGCACCAAGGACGGAGAAGGUGGCGAAAAGGUUGGUGAUGUUUUGAGAUAUACUUCCCAAUGGACCUUGGGUCUUCCCAGUGGAGGUGGUGUGAUUGCAACUGUUGCCAGCUUCGGAGGAGGUGUCUCAUGGGGAUGCUCCAUGUUCAAUGUCAUGAAUGCCAAGGCGUGGGAACAAGUGGUAGAAGCUCUAGUAUCCAAUGUGGAGAGCCGCACCGAUGAGGUUGUCCUUAUCUUUGAACGUCCUUUAGCUGAGAACUAA